AUGAUGAAAAUUCGAAGUCAUAGAAGAGCUGGAAUUUAUAACGCCCUUCUUCUGGUCCUGUUUGCUGUGAUUCUGUCAAGUUGUGGGAAGAAAGCCAAUGGCCGGAGAUUUCAUCACGGGGAGGAUUAUUUCGAGUAUUCCAGCAUAAACUGCAGAGCUUAUGCUGCAUCAUUGACGGAAUUUGGAGGGAUUGGUGAUGGAAUUACAUCAAACACGAAGGCUUUCCAGGAUGCAAUCAAUUAUCUUAGCCAAUUUGAAUCAUAUGGUGGUUCAAUCCUGUUCGUUCCUCCGGGAAAAUGGUUGACAGGGAAUUUCAACAUCACCAGCAGCCAUUUCACUCUGUUUCUCCACCAAGAUGCUGUUCUACUUGGUUCUCAGGAUGAAAGUGAAUACGCUGUAAUUGAUCCGCUACCAUCAUAUGGUAGAGGAAGAGACACUCAGGGUGGUAGAUUUGUCAGCCUUAUCUUCGGAACAAACCUCACUGAUGUUGUAAUAACAGGGAACAAUGGAACCAUAGAUGGCCAAGGCCAAAUAUGGUGGAAUAAGUUUCGCAAUGGAUCACUUCAGUACACCCGGCCUUAUCUGAUUGAAAUUAUGUUCUCAGAUGAAGUCGAAAUUUCCAACAUUGUGUUGGUUAAUUCCCCAUCAUGGAAUGUCCAUCCUGUUUACAGCAGUAAUGUAGUUGUAAGAGGCAUCACAAUUACUGCACCAGUAAGAUCGCCAAACACUGAUGGGAUCAAUCCAGAUUCUUGCACGAAUGUUCACAUAGAGGACUGCUACAUUGUCUCUGGAGAUGAUUGUGUUGCAGUGAAGAGUGGUUGGGAUGAGUAUGGUAUAGCCUUUGGGAUGCCGACCAAGCAGCUUUUUAUAAAAGGGCUUACUUGCAUCUCCCCUACCAGUGCAACCAUUGCACUAGGCAGUGAGAUGUCUGGAGGGAUUGAAGAUGUCCGAGCAGAGGACAUAGUUGCGAUUAAUACAGAAUCGGCAGUCAGGAUUAAGACCGCAGUUGGCAGGGGUGGAUAUGUGAAAGAUGUAUUUGUGAAAGGUAUGACAAUGAAGACAAUGAAGUACGUGUUCUGGAUGACAGGAAACUAUGGUUCUCAUCCAGAUAAUAAUUAUGAUCCAAAUGCUCUCCCUGUGAUCGAUAAUAUUAAUUAUCAAGACAUGGUCGCUGAGAAUGUAACUAUGGCUGCACGUUUGGAAGGAAUUCCUGGUGAUACCUUUACAGGAAUAUGCAUUUCUAAUGUCACAAUUGGAAUGGCCACGAGUGCGAAAAAAUUACCUUGGAAUUGCACUAAUGUUGCUGGGGUUUCAAGUGGCGUCACUCCUAAGCCCUGCAGUUUGUUACCAGAACAAGAGGGCCUAUCAACUUGUAACUUCCCCACUGAUCACAGACCUAUUCGGGAGGUUAAUCUUCGGACUUGCUCCUGCAAGAAUAAACUAUUCAAGAGAAAUGGCUUGUAA